CACAUGCACGCACCCCCCAAGAUGGUGGCCCAGCUUCAGCUGUGGCCACAAAACUCGACCCUUUUGCCUGGUGCUGGACUCAACCUCUUCCAGGGGGAUAUUUUAUUGCCUAGAACACGUAGUGCACUCAGAGAUGAGAAUUACCAAUGGACGUUCCCUAUUCCAUUCAUUCUGGCAGACAGCCUUGAUCUGAAUGCCAAAGGGGUAAUUCUCAAAGCACUUGAAGGAUUCCAGCUACGAUCUUGUGUGGAAUUCAAACCACAUAAUGGAGAGACUUCAUAUAUAAUAUUUCAGAAGUUUGAUGGAUGCUGGUCUAAAAUUGGAGAUGCAAAGCAAGGCCAAAACCUUUCUGUUGGCGAAGGGUGUGAUUUCAAAGGCAUUGUAUCACAUGAAAUCUUACAUGCUCUUGGCCGUGUCCAUGAGCAGACAAGGACAGACCGAGAUGAUUAUGUUAAGAUAUGGUGGGAUCAUGUGCGUCCAGAUCAAAAGCACAACUUUAAGAAAAUGGACAACUACCAUCUCACAGACUUGAAUACUCCCUAUGAUUAUGAGUCCAUCAUGCAUUAUGGCCCAUCUUCAUUUAGUAACAAUAAAAGUUUAAAAACAAUUACUACAAAAAUACCGGAAUUUAAUGACAUUAUUGGCCAGCGCUUGGAUUUCAGCACUGCUGACCUAGAAAGACUCAAUCAUAUGUACAACUGCACAACAUCUAUCACCCUUUUGGAUCAAUGUGAUUUUGAAUCAGCUGAUAUAUGUGGCCUGGUUCAGAAAACAAGAGGUGAUACCAGCUGGAUUCAUAAGAAAAGUGACCCUGUAGAACGAGAUCACAGCCUCACUGGACAGUGCAAAGAUGCUGGCUACUUCAUGUAUUUUAAUACCAGUUUUGGGAAGAGAGGCGAAACUGCUGUCUUAGAAUCUCGCAUUCUGUACCCAAGGAGGAAGAAUCAGUGUCUCCAGUUCUUCUUUAAAAUGACAGGAAGCUUCUGGGACAGGCUUUUCAUCCAAGUUAAGAAGGAUGAUGGCACUGGAAAAGUCCGCAGGCUGGUUAAAGCUGGAACAUUUCAAGGAGACAGUGACCAUAACUGGAAAAUUGCCCAUGUGAAGCUCAAAGGUCGAAAAAAAAUCAGGUAUCUCUUCUAUGGCCUAAAAGGCAAUCCCGAUGAUUCAUCUGGAGGAAUUUCCAUUGAUGACCUCACACUGAGUGAAACCCAGUGCCCCAAUGCCGUGUGGCUUAUUCAUAACUUCUCUCAUAUUCUUAAGAAUGCCCCUGAGGACUACUCCAUGCUGAGUCCCCGAUUUUAUAGCCCCGAAGGUUAUGGCUAUGGUAUAAGAUUGUACCCCAGAGGUCUCAGUGGUUCUGCCUUUGCAAACUACACCCGCAUAUCUUUUCACCUGGCCAGUGGCGAAAAUGACGGUGUUCUUGAGUGGCCAGCUCUAAACAGGCAAGUUACCAUCAUUGUGCUCGACCAACAUCCCAAUGUCAGGGAAAGGAUGUCUGUUGAAAGGAGCUUCACAACAGAUGCAAAACAGGUUUUGCCAGAAAAAAAUAAUUCUUCCAUAUGGGGAAAACCCUCUCUUCUUGGAAAAUUUGAUAUUUCGUGCAAUUGCAGCCGGAGCAGAGACCGGGGAUGGAGCAAAUUUAUCUCACAUGCACAACUAAGGAGAAGGAAUUAUCUAAAAAAUGAUGAUCUCAUUAUAUUGUCAGAGUUUGAAGAUUUAACAUAUCUCAAGAAGACUGAACACCUUUUCCCACAAAUAUGGCCCAGUGGUGACAACCUUCCUCUAGGACGGAAGAAGAGAUCGGUCUCUCUGGAAGACUGGCACUCCUACCUGAGAGAACAGUGUUACCCAAAUACUUGCCAAAAUGAUGGUAUUUGUGUAAAGGUCAAAGGAAAAACAAACUGCAGGUGUGCUGCUAGCAACAUCUUCUUCUACACAGGUGUGAGAUGCCAGGUAGCACAUGUCCAUUGGAACAUCCUUGGCCUGUUAGCCACUGGAACCAUAGCACUAACCAUAGUAAUUGUUUCCAUAUUAGCUAGGCAAUAAAGUUUUUUUUACUAGAAUAUAGUUUUAGGAUGUGAAUUGUGCUGUAAUUCCAACUAACGUUUGACUUGAUAAUCUGAAUAUGUAAAACUGCUAGCAUGAUAACCUUGUAUCAGCUCAGGCAUAUACUCCAAAAAUGGGAGCCAAACUGAGGCUAGUAUGCAGUGAUUUGUGUUUACCUUGAGAUAAUGAAUUUUAGUUGUUUGAAUAUGAGGACUUCAGUCCUUAGAGUGCAAAAUGAAAUGUCAAUGUCCUCUUCAGGAACUCUGGGAAUGUCUGUGUAAAAGUAGUUUGUUGAAAUAUGAGAGGUGCCUGGUUUAUAAGCCAGUGUUGGCUUUUGUUUCUUAGACUGUUUCCAUUGCACAAUGCUUUUCUGGAGGCAACUUCCCUUCCUCCUAAAAUUUUUGGCUGCUGUUCUUUGUAGAUGUGUAGUCCUUACCAUCGAAGAGGAUAAAAAAAGAGUUACUUGUUAGUUACCAUUCCAGCCUACCAGGUAAAUAAACAAGGCUGGCCUGUAUACUCAUAAGCAGAUCAGUUAGCAGGGUUGGAACGGAAGUGACAACCUGCAUCUUUUGCUGCCAAGUUAGGGCUCAUCCAUACUUCUGUUAAUCUGCGAUGUAAGCCCCUUGUGUGCCCAUUAAUUCCUCCUCUUCUAUAUGAUGUCGGCCUUCCUGUACUUUCCCCCUCCUUAAUCUGCAGUUUCUCAUACUAUACUGCAAAAAGGAGAGAAAAAGCAAUCUAAGGAGGGGGUCAGGGUUGCUUUGCCUCGAACUAUCCUAUGUGGGUGGUUCUGACGCCACCUGUCCACUAUGGACAAUCACUAUGGUAUGCUUUGAUUUGGAUUCCUGCAUUGAGCAGGGGUUGGAUUCGAAGGUCUUAUAGGCCCCUUCCAACUCUGUGUUUCUGUGAUUCCUCUUGGGUUCCUAUUAGCUCCAUCGCCCUCUCUCUUUUCUGAUCUGAGCCAAUCAGCAAAACACCCUAUGCCGGGAGGGGAGGAAAGGAGGGGUACUUUUCAAACAAAAAAGAGCACACCUACAAGUCAAGAUGAAGAAACAGUUUGAUUAGAAUAUAAACAAAGUGCUAUGCAGUCAAGUUUGGACUUUCAGCAGACCACUGCAAUAAGGAAAAUGUGAAUUUUUAGUAUGGCCUAGAGAUGAAGCCUGUGUAGAUUAAAUAUAGAUUAAAUUUGUGAUAGAAUGUAUGGUAAAAUAGUUAUCUAUAGAAUGUCAAAGAGAUUACGAUGUUUAAAACUGGGAAGGAAAAA